AGAAGCGAUCACCUUUGGUUUCAGUCCCGCCUUAUCUGUGUGGUCUUCCGCUGACCGACAGACAGAAAAAAAUGGCGCAGCAGUUCGUGAAGACCAAAAUCCAAGGGGACAAAGUGGUCCUGUUCGUGAAGCCGACCUGCUCGUACUGCAUUAUGGCCAAAGACGUUUUGUCCAAGUACAAGUUCAAGCCGGGACAUCUGGAGUAUGUUGACAUCAGUGACCGCAGCGACAUGGGCAGCGUGCAGGACUAUUUCCUGGAGCUGACCGGAGCCCGCACGGUCCCGCGGGUGUUCAUCGGGGAGGAGUGUGUCGGAGGCGGCAGCGAUGUGAUGGAGCUGCAUCAGAGUGGUCAGCUGAAGAGCAUGCUGCAGUCUAUUGGAGCUCUGGAGUGAUCCCCCUCCACACAAGGUUUUUGGCAUCCAGGUGGGGAUCACAUGACGAUGCAGCGGGACUUGCGUAGCUUGCGUCGCCGCUGCUGGUACUCACUGAGCUCCUGCAGGUAGCCUCUGGAUGGCCAGCGUAGCCUCUCCACCUGCUCCCGCUCCUCAUCUGGAACAUUCACAAACACACACACACACAUCAUAACUGUAAUCUACUGAAGACAUAACUGUGGGAAUAAAAAACAAACCAUUGCUACAAGAUUUACUGUGCUUGGCACAUACAGACACAUUCAGUAGUUACUCCUUGGAUUGUUGCCAUGAAUGCUGCCAACAAGACUGAAAUAUCUAAUAAGAUUUUGUUUACAUCGACGAGCAACAGAAGAACGGCCGUGAUAGGUCAUGUGCUGUCUGUUUAUCCCUUGUGCCCUUUAAUACCCGUCCAGUGACUUUAAAUGAUUUUUGUGUGUAUGGCUAAUGAUGACAAUAAAAUGCGCUACAGCUACUAA